ACACAACUCAGUAUACAUCGAGAGCGCACGACCACAGGAUCUAGACUCACCAUGCCAGGUAACAGGAGACUGACGAAGAAGACCAUCAAGGGGAAAGAUAACCUUCAUCCUAGCUCUAGGAAGGCUGGUCAAUUGCAGCGAGUCCACUUACGAGCCGCCAAGUUGGACCAUCGAGCCAAGAUCCGUCAGAGUAUAUCAUCUCAAAAGCUCGAAAGACCACUCUUCUUUCUCCAUUCUUUACCUUCUUCUCACCCUUUGUCCCUCCCUGCGCUCCGAGAACUCAUAACGGAUGUCUAUCUGGCACGACACGAUGCUCGUAUCUCUGAGCUCGAAGGUCAAAGGAGAUCAGGACGGCCGAAGGAUAAGGAACUGAUCGAUCUUGAAGAAAUCAAGAAGAGAGAACAGGCAGAAUGGGAGACUGGGAUAGAGGUCCCAGAUUUGACUCAUGGCCCGACUGUCAAGAUCCUAUUUGGCCUUCAGGAUUCAUCUACGUCCCUCCAGCAAUCCCAUUUGGACCUCUUACGCCAUAUCAGAUUGUUCAAAGAUGAUCCAGAUACGGUCCUGGUGACGAGGGAAGGCAAGUGGGACAAGAUGGGCUUUGGCGUUGAGGAAGGGCAAGAGCCCAGAGGCUCUGACGUGGUCAUGGACGCUUAAUGUUGCGGGCCCAUGUCUUUGGCAUGUUGUAAUUGAUU